AUGGGAUCACGGAACAGCAGCAGCGCAGGAUCUGGGUCUGGAGACUCCUCCGAGGGCUUGCCCCGAAGAGGGGCUGGUCUGCGUCGGAGUGAGGAAGAGGAAGAGGAGGAUGAAGAUGUGGAUCUGGCCCAGGUACUGGCCUAUCUCCUUCGCAGGGGCCAAGUGAGGUUGGUGCAGGGAGGAGGUGCAGCAAAUUUACAACUCAUCCAGGCCCUCUCGGACUCCGAGGAAGAGCAUGACAGCGCCUGGGAUGGGCGUCUUGGAGACAGAUACAACCCACCUGUGGAUGCAACCCCUGACACCCGGGAGCUGGAAUGCAAUGAGAUCAAGACGCAAGUGGAAUUGGCCACAGGGCGGCUGGGGCUUAGGCGGGCAGCCCGGGAGCACAGUUUCCCUCAAAUGCUGUAUAAGAGAGAACGGGGCCUCUGCCACCGGGGAAGCUUCUCCCUUGGAGAACAGUCUCGAGUGAUGUCUCACUUCUUGCCCAAUGAUCUGGGCUUCACUGAUACCUACUCUCAGAAGGCUUUCUGUGGCAUCUACAGCAAAGAUGGUCAAAUCUUCAUGUCCGCUUGCCAAGACCAGACAAUCAGACUGUAUGACUGCCGGUAUGGCCGCUUUCAUAAAUUCAAGAGCAUCAAGGCCCGGGAUGUAGGCUGGAGUGUCUUGGAUGUGGCCUUCACCCCUGAUGGGAACCAUUUCCUGUACUCCAGCUGGUCUGAUUACAUUCAUAUCUGCAACAUCUACGGGGAGGGAGACACACACACUGCCCUGGACCUAAGGCCCGACGAACGUCGCUUUGCUGUCUUCUCCAUUGCUGUCUCCUCAGAUGGACGAGAAGUGCUAGGAGGGGCCAAUGAUGGCUGCCUGUAUGUCUUUGAUCGAGAACAGAACCGGCGCACCCUUCAGAUUGAGUCUCAUGAGGAUGAUGUGAAUGCAGUGGCCUUUGCUGACAUAAGCUCCCAAAUCCUGUUCUCCGGGGGUGACGAUGCUAUCUGCAAAGUGUGGGAUCGACGCACCAUGCGGGAGGAUGACCCCAAGCCCGUGGGUGCACUGGCCGGACAUCAAGAUGGCAUCACUUUCAUUGACAGCAAGGGUGAUGCCCGGUAUCUCAUCUCCAACUCCAAAGACCAGACCAUCAAGCUCUGGGACAUCCGGCGCUUUUCCAGCCGGGAAGGCAUGGAAGCCUCACGCCAGGCUGCCACACAGCAAAACUGGGACUACCGCUGGCAGCAGGUGCCCAAAAAAGCCUGGCGAAAGCUGAAGCUCCCGGGGGACAGCUCCUUGAUGACCUACCGGGGCCACGGGGUGCUGCACACCCUCAUCCGAUGCCGCUUCUCCCCCGCACACAGCACCGGCCAGCAGUUCAUCUACAGCGGCUGCUCCACUGGCAAAGUGGUUGUGUAUGACCUCCUCACUGGGCACAUCGUGAAGAAGCUGACCAACCACAAGGCCUGUGUGCGUGACGUCAGUUGGCACCCCUUUGAGGAGAAGAUCGUCAGCAGUUCGUGGGACGGGAACCUGCGUUUGUGGCAGUACCGCCAGGCAGAGUACUUCCAGGAUGACAUGCCAGAGUCUGAAGGAGACCCCAGUGCUCCUGCCUCAGCGCCCCACCCCUCUUCGGCCUUUUCCUCGCCCCAGUAG